GGCAAAAUACAUCACUUCCCCAAAAUCACACUCAGCGUAGCAAACAAGCGAACCAGAGAAGAGAAGGAAGCCAUUUUUCUCUGCACACAAACAAAAAUGGCGGAACCCAAAACGAAAUAUGAUCGUCAGCUCAGAAUAUGGGGUGAGCAAGGACAAGAAGCCCUCGAGAAAGCCUCUAUAUGUUUACUUAAUUGUGGUCCUACCGGUUCUGAAACAUUGAAAAAUCUUGUUCUUGGUGGGAUUGGAAGUAUCACAGUAAUUGAUGGAUCUAAAGUUGAACUUGGCGACCUUGGAAACAACUUUAUGGUGGAUGAAUCAAGCAUUGGGCAAUCAAAGGCAAAAUGUGUCUGUGCAUCUCUUCAAGAGCUAAAUGAUGCUGUUAAGGCCAAGUUUAUAGAAGAGUAUCCAGAGGCAUUAAUUGAGACAAACCCAUCAUUCUUUUCUCAGUUUACCUUGGUAAUAGCCACUCAGCUAGUGGAAGAUUCAAUGAUAAAACUUGAUAGAAUCUGCAGGGAGGCAAAUGUUAUGUUGAUAUUUGCACGCUCCUAUGGCCUUACUGGUUUUGUUCGCAUCAGUUUGAAGGAACAUGCUGUGAUCGAGUCAAAGCCUGAUCAUUUCUUAGAUGAUCUCCGGUUAAAUAACCCAUGGCCUGAGCUCAGAGGGUUUGCAGAGACCAUCGAUUUAAAUGUGUCAGAUCCUGUUGUCCAUAAGCACACACCAUAUGUUGUUAUUCUUGUCAAGAUGGCUGAGCAGUGGACCAAAAGUCAUGAUGGCAAGCUUCCUUCAACCAGGGAAGAGAAAAAGGAAUUCAAGGACCUUCUCAAAUCCAAGAUGAUUGCAAUGGAUGAAGAUAACUAUAAAGAAGCUAUUGAGGCCUCAUUCAAAGUUUUUGCCCCUCGUGGAAUUAGUUCAAAUCUGCAACAGAUAAUCGAUGAUAGCCGUGCUGAUGUUGAUUCUAGCUCUUCAAAUUUUUGGGUGAUGGUGGCAUCUUUAAAGGAAUUCAUUGCGAAUGAAGGUGGCGGGGAGGCACCCCUUGAAGGAUCAAUACCAGAUAUGACAUCUUCAACCGAGCAUUAUGUAAACUUGCAGAAAAUCUACCAAGCUAAGGCUGAGGCUGAUUUUCUUGUUAUUGAGCAACGGGUUAGAAAUAUACUGAAGAAAAUUGGGAGAGAUCCAGAUAGCAUCUCAAAGGCAAACAUAAAGAGCUUCAGUAAAAAUGCAAGAAAACUAACGGUAUGCCGGUAUCGGCUCCUUGAGGAAGAGUUCAAUUCUCCAAUCCAACCAGAGUUGCAAAAGUAUUUGACAGAUGAGGAUUACAGUGUUGCUGUGGGGUUUUAUAUUCUGCUUCGAGCUGUCGACAGGUUUGCUGCUAACUAUAACAGUUUCCCUGGGCAAUUUGAUGGUGGGAUGGAUGAGGACAUAUCGAGAUUGAAGACUACAGCUGUUAGUCUACUUAGUGAUUUAGGUUGCAAUGGCUCCACCUUGACAGAGGACCUUAUCAAUGAAAUGUGCAGAUUUGGUGCUGCAGAGCUCCAUGCAGUUGCUGCCUUCAUCGGGGGAAUUGCAUCUCAGGAAGUGAUCAAGCUCAUUACAAAACAAUUUGUCCCCAUGUCUGGGACUUUUAUCUUCAAUGGCAUCGAUCACAAGUCUCAGUUGUUGUCACUAUAAUGGGGUUUAAAGCUGGAAGUGCUUCAAAAGCGGUUGUUUUAAGAGUCGUGAUGGCAUGAUGUUACUGGCACAGCUUUGUGAACGGCAGCAUUCUCUACAUCAAUGAGAGGUGGUCUACGCCCAGGUAGUCUGGUAGAGCUCCUGUGAUAUCUACCUUAUUGUACCUGUUCCUUUGAUAAAAGAAAGGAAAAACAUGGAAAAAGAAACCAAUGAGAGUGGGAGAAAAGAAACGAUCCAUGCUGUUUUUAGACAGAUCUAAUCUUCUAGUGAUCUCCAGAAAGAGAAAAACAAUGAAUUGGUUUCACAUUUUUCUGCUGAGGAUAUAAAGCAGUUACAUACAACUAUUCCGACCCCUUUUUUAGCUUC